UUAUUCCUAUCUCCCUAUUGUAUGUUAUCUCUAUCCUCUAAACAAACCAGAAAAUAUUUGAAUCCCUUUUCUUUUGUCCAUAUCCUCCUCCUUCUAUCCCUCCAAACAAACGCCUAGGCAUUUAGGCUGCACUCUUCCCCAAACGAUAAAAACCGAAAAGCUGAGAAAAUCAAACAACAAUGGCAGCCAAUUGCAUUCUCUCAAUUCAUAGCAAUUCAACCCCAACUUCACUCUUCCCCUCAACUCCUUCAAACUCCCUUCAAACUCCAUCCUCUUCAUUUCUGAAGAUUAGGGAUAACACCAAAUUCAACAAUGGCGUUUUUACCAGCACAAUUGGAAGAAGAAAGGGAGGAAUUGUCUGCGGAUUUCUACCAGUAGAUCCAUGGGCACCCACCAUUGAUUCUCAAAGCAUUGCUUCUCAGCUUUUCGCUUUCUCUCUCUUUCCUUAUCUGGGUUUUCUCUACUUCAUCACCAAGUCUAAGUCUGCUCCUAAACUCACCGUUUUUGGGUUCUAUUUCUUGCUUGCUUUUGUCGGUGCCACCAUUCCUGCUGGAAUCUAUGCAAAGAUACACUAUGGAACAUCCCUCUCUAAUGUGGAUUGGUUGCAUGGUGGGGCCGAGUCUCUGCUCACUUUGUCAAACCUAUUUGUUGUGCUGGGGUUGAGAAGGGCUCUAAAGAAACCUAUACAUUCUGAAGAGAACCAAUCUAAAGAAGUUUCAAGAUUCAAAGAGGAGAACCCUUCCUCAUAGAUAUACUAAUGCAAUUGCUGCUGCAACUAAUGAAUUUGAAGGUUAAUGUUACCUCAACUGCCAAAUGUUGCCACAUGGUGCAUCUUGUAAAUAUCGUGCAGGGAAGAUGGGAUUUUCCUGAGCUCAUUUUGUUGUAAAUUUAUUUUUAUUACUAUGCAUGUUGCUUAUGUUACAAUUAUCCAUCUUCUCUUCCAUUUGUUCUCCACACUCUUACUCAGAUAAUAUAUGAUUAUCUACUUUUUUUUGCCUGUA